UCCUUUGUUGGCAAGGUAGCAUUUCCCAGUAUCAACCACGUACAACAUCUCAUGUGGACGUGAAUGGCCAUAAAGCUCGUACAAGCCGCUUAUAUAUACCUCAUGGAAGCUCUCACCAUCGCCAUCGUCCGAAGAAGAUCCAGAAGCUCUGCAUCACACUUGGAAGAAACAUGGCUUACUACACCUUUGCCUUCUUCCUCCUGUUCUCCUCCUCCCACCUUUUCGUUCGUCCCACUCGCUCCAGCAUCCUCCCGUCUGUUCCCGUCGACCGUUCCACCGCAUGCAACUUGACGCUCGACCCCGACUUCUGCAACACCGUCCUCCCCCAUCGAGGCUUCCACAACCUCUACGACUACGGUCGCUUAUCCCUCGCGAAGUCGCUCUCCAGUGCCAAAGAGAUGCUUGACUCGGUCAACACCUUCCUCGCUCGCCCCUCGGUCUUGCCGCCGAACGCCAUCUUGGCGCUCCAAGACUGCAGGCUGCUGUCGGGCCUUAACGUCGACUUCCUGACGGCGGUCGUAAAUGAAUUGAACGACACCGACUGCCUCCUCGACCACCAAGCCCAGAAGGUGCACGCCAUCCUCUCAGCUAUCCUUACCAACCACCAGACCUGCUAUGAUGGCCUGCAAGUGGCGGCGUCCGCGUGGUUCGUCAGGAACCUCGGCACAGUUCCUCUGUCCGUCUGCAGCAAGAUCUAUAGUCUUUCCCUUUCGCUCUUCAAGAACUGGAUCCCAAAACAAACGUGUAGUAGCCACAAAGGCCAGGCUCACUCAAGAUCCCCCCACAGGAGGGCACUGUUGUUCCACGAAGUCGGGGUUGGUCGGCACGGCGAGCUGCCGCUGAGGAUGUCGGCCCCAAAGAGAGAGUUGUUCGAGAGGUGGAGCGGCCGGCGGCUCCUUCAGGCCACCGACUCCGUUCUUGUGCACGACGUGGUGGUUGUUAGCCCAGAUGGCAGUGGGAACUUCACGACGAUCGGAGACGCCGUGACCUCGGCCCCUAAAAAUCUCAAAAGUAGCAAUGGCUACCACUUGAUAUACGUCGCCGCCGGAGUCUACCAGGAGUACGUCGUCAUCCCAAACCAUACGACGUACUUGAUGAUGAUUGGCGAAGGGAUCAACCAGACGGUGAUCACCGGAAACCAUAGCGUUGCUGAUGGCUGGACCACCUUCCACUCUUCCACCUUCGCCGUCAUGGGAGAAGGAUUCGUGGCGAUGAACAUAACCUUCCGAAACACCGCCGGUCCAAUCAAACAUCAGGCGGUCGCGGUCCUCAACGGCGCAGAUCUGUCCACCUUCUACGGCUGCAGCAUCGAAGGCUACCAAGACACGCUGUACACCCUCUCCAUGAGGCAAUUCUAUAGGGACUGCGACAUCUACGGCACCGUGGACUACAUAUUUGGCAACGCGGCGGUGGUGUUCCAGAGCUGCAACGUCUACUCCCGGCUGCCCUUCCGCCGGCAGAGCAACGCCAUCACGGCGCAAGGCCGGACCGACCCCAACCAGAACACCGGCACGUCGAUGCAGUUCUGCAGGUUCCUCGCCGCAGGUGACCUGACCUCCAGCGACGGGACGACGAAGACGUACCUCGGCCGGCCGUGGAAGAAGUACUCGAGGACGGUGAUCAUGGAGUCAUUCAUGGAUUCGUUGAUCGAUCCUGCGGGCUGGGUACCAUGGAACGGCAAAUUCGCGUUGGAUACGUUGUACUAUGCAGAGUACAACAACACCGGCAAGGGUUCCGACACGGACAACCGUGUUACCUGGCCAGGAUACCAUGUCAUUAGCAGCGACGACGCCAUGAAUUUUACUGUCAGAAACUUCAUUCAGGGAGAUAAUUGGCUACCGCAUACUGGGGUAGCUUAUGACGGCGGAUUGUUCUAAUUGACUUAUGGUUGGAAUCGACUCCAAGUAGAACUCUUUCACGGUUCCGUCCAUUUGUUAUAUUUGCUGCUCAAUAAAGAUAUCAAAUGGUUCUUCUCCUGAAAUACUUAUGAAACCAGAUGUAG